AUGGAACAAGCACCAAAUUCAUCAUCAAUCCGUGAAUCGGGUAUUGGCGGUGGUGGUGGUGGUGGUGGUGGUGGUAAUGAUAAAGAUGAAAUGGAUGGAUCCACUGCAAUUCCAAUGGAGCCAAUGACAUCAUCAUCAGGUGUAAGUAGUGGUGGUGGUGGUAAAGUUGUAUCCCACUUUUUAUUAGAAGAAGAUUUUGAUAGCAAGAAAAGAUUCACAAGUACACAUAAGAGAAUUUUUUACAUAUUGACAUCAUUGGCAAUACUAGUGACUGUUGUGUUAUUGAUUGUGUUUUUAUUACCAAGAGGAUGGGAAGGCCCAAAGAAAAAGACAAAUAUAAUUAUGAUGAUUGGUGAUGGUAUGGGACCAGCAGCGUUGACCAUGGCAAGAGUAUGUUUUCAUACAAAAGGUGAGAGUACAAGUCAGGCACAUUUACAUUUAGACCCAUAUAUAGUGGGCACAGUGAAGACAUACUCAAGCAACAGUGUGGUUACCGACAGUGCCGCAGCGGCAACGGCCUAUGCAAGUGGUGUCAAGACGUAUAAUAAUGCAGUGGGUGUCGAUGCAAAUGGCAAGCCAGCAGGCACAAUCAUUGAGGCAGCUAAAAAGUUGGGUAUGAAGACAGGAUUGGUCGUCACAACUCGUAUCUCUGAUGCGACACCAGCAUGCUAUUUCGCACACAGCGCAACGCGUCAUGACGAGGCAUUCAUUAUCGAUCAAUUGUUGGACAAGGAGAUCGAUGUGAUAUUGGGUGGUGGUAAACAAUUCUUUAGCAAUAAAACACUUCAAGAUGCUGUAUCAAGCAAAUACAACUACUCGUAUGUUGAGAGUAAACAAGAGAUGGAACAAGUUGAAGCAGGUAGAAUUUUAGGACUCUUUGCAGAUUACAACAUACCUUGGGAAAUCGAUCGUUUAAGAGAUCCAACAUUACUUUCAACCAAACCAUCCCUACAGGAGAUGACCACCAAAGCAUUGAAUUUAAUCUCACAAAACAAUGAAAAUGGUUUCUUUUUAAUGGUGGAAGGCUCAAAGAUUGAUGUGGCAGCUCAUAUCAAUGACGCACCCACUCAGAUUUGGGAGACUGAUGCAUUUGAUCAAACUUUUAAUCUAGUUAGAGAAUGGGCAGAGAAGGAUGGUAAUACCAUUGUAAUUGUGACAGCAGAUCAUGAAACUGGUGGUCUUACAUUAGCAAAUCAAAUGGUUAUCGAUGGUAAUCCAAAAUAUUCAUGGUCACCAGAGACAUUAUUGACAGUGAAUAAAUCUGCUGAUCUCAUGGCAGAACUUAUCAAAGGUGGUGCUGAUCCAACGAAAUUGAUUUUCGAUAAUACAGGUUACACAUUAACAUCAGAUGAUUUAAAAGAAAUCAAUAGAACCAAGUCUGCCUAUUAUCUCAAUCAAGUGAUUGGUCGUAUCGUUUCAAACUAUGCUGAUAUUGGUUUCACCACUGGUGGUCAUACUGGUGAGGAUGUCAAUCUCUACACCUUUGGUGAUACAAUCUCUGAAGGUAAAUUUGAAACUCGUCUAAAAGAUCAUCAAACUGAAAUAGUUGAUAAUUAUAUUGAUCCAAUCUUAAGAGGUAAUAUAAAUAAUAUAGAUAUUGCUUCAUUUAUCAUUAAAACUUUAAAUUUAGAUAUUCAAUCAAUUACAGAAUCAUUAAAAGAUUUUAUUCCUAAACCAUAA